ACUAGCUUUAUUGCCCCUGAGCCGCCCCUGCUCUCCCAAGUCUAUUUCAUUCGACUUAUCUACCCUCCCGUUUCUUAAUCGUUGACCUUUCUUACCCAAUAACAUCUUAUUUCUAAGGCCAAUUUUAAACAAAAACCGCACCUUCACAGAUCCUUACAUUAAACGUGGGCCGAUAAAAGCUCGCCGUAUCAUGUGAAAGUCGGCAGACGACCUCUAAGCAUUCACUUUCCCCAUCCCUCCCUGCGAAGCUUGGAACGAACAAAAAUGGCGGUUUCUGCCAAAGUUUCAAUCUUUUUGGCAGCUCUGCAAUCAAUCUUUCUGCUUCAGCAAGCAAGCCUGGUCUCUGCAGACAUGCUCUCUCCUCUGCUCUCCCCAGUCCUCGAUGGAAUAUGCAAAGCUGUUGAUUGCGGAAAGGGGAUUUGCAAGGUUUCUCAAAAUCAUACCUUUGGGUUUAUGUGCGAGUGUAACGCUGGCUGGAAUCAGUUCAAUGGUUCAGAACAUUUCAGCUUCCUCCCUUGUGUUAUUCCUCAAUGCACUAUAAGUUCCUCCUGCUUCAAAAAUUCUCCAGCUCCAACACCUGCACCAGCACCCCUUCCACCACCUCCUAGCAACCUUUCACUCUUCAAUCCAUGCACUUGGAGCUUCUGCGGCACCGGCGACUGCGCUCGAACAUCAACCUUUGAGCACCGGUGUGACUGCGAUGCCGGCUACAGCAAUCUUCUCAAUGUCUCCAGCUUUCCUUGCUACCAGGAAUGUGCAAUUGGUGGAGAUUGUGUGAACCUGGGCAUCAGUGUACCAAAUUCAUCCUCAUCAUCUUCAUCAACAAAUCUUAAUGAUAAUUCAUUUGCUGGAGAGAUAUCUGCUCUGAGUAACUUCAAGUUGUUCUUCAUGUUGAUUGCUUCUCUGUUCAUGAUCUCCAUGACAUAGAAUGAGGUUAGAUAGUACAAGCAUAUGGUUUCCUUGAUUCGGAUUACUUAGUUUUGUUUGAGUUUUGGUGUUAUACACGUUUGAUGUGCAGAGAUGAGGGACGAUAUUAUAAUAUUUCUGUUAAUUUUUUAUUCAAUGUAGAAAAUGUAUGGGGGACUCUUUCUUUCUGUGUAAAUGAUGUGUUUUUGGAUAACAAUAUUACAUUUUGUGAUUAUACAGAC